UUCAAUUGAUUUCUCUCUCUUUCUCUUUCUUUUCCUCCCAUGAACAUCACCCGGCCACCAAAGCCAUUACUUUUCACCAGUACUAGCUAGCUACCAAUCUUCUUCUUCAAUUGUUUCCGUACGUGCGGCUCUACCCCUGCGGCCAUGGACUCUCAUCACCAUCUUCAUCCUCAAGGUCUAACCGCUGAAGAACACGAGGAGCUCGAACCGGUAAUCAGCACGUACCACAAAUCCCAGCCCUCUCCGGACGCGUGCACGUCUCUCAUAGCGCAGCGGAUCGACGCGCCAGCUCACGUCGUGUGGCCUUUCGUCCGGAGCUUCGACAACCCGCAGAAAUACAAGCAUUUCAUCAAGACUUGCAAUAUGAAAGGCGACGGCGGGAUUGGAAGCAUAAGAGAGGUCACAGUAAUUUCGGGGCUGCCGGCGUCGACGAGCACCGAGAGGCUGGAGAUUUUGGAUGACGAGAACCAUAUACUGAGCUUUAGGGUUGUCGGGGGAGAGCACCGGCUGAAAAAUUACCGGUCGGUUACUUCCUUAAAUGAGUUUAACAAGGAAGGUAAGGUUUACACCGUUGUGUUGGAAUCCUAUGUUGUCGAUAUUCCGGAGGGGAAUACUGGCGAGGAUACGAAGAUGUUUGUAGACACUGUGGUGAAGUUGAACCUUCAGAAGCUCGCCGUCGUCACCAUGGCUUCGCUGCAUGGAGAUGAAUGAUGAGAUGGCGGCGGUCGUCAUGAUCAGUAUGGUUCUCUUGCAACUUGCAAGUUGGAUUUUAUAAUUUCUUUUUCUUUCUUUUUUUUUAAUGGGGUUAGGCAGUUUGGAUUGGUUUGUAUAUUUGGUUUUAUUGGGUGAA